AAGAAGACCGAAGUCUGAAGGAUGUGGUGGCCUGUAUCCAGUCCAGCCUGGCACAUGGUUUAAAACUUGGCAACAAGCAGGUCCAAAAGCUGGCCAUUCAUCAUCUACAGAAGCGGAGCGAACUCAAGGUGAAAUGUGAACUUGCCGGAGAGAAGAG